GUGCACAGGCGUCCCAGCGUGCUCCUCUUCCCUGCAGUCACGGGGAGCAUCUCCCAGAGGCUCCGCAGCCCAGGCUCCUGGUUCGUCUGCAGUCAGCCUGCCUGCUGGGGCCAUGUCGGACUACGAGAACGAUGAUGAGUGCUGGAGCGCUCUGGAGGGCUUCCGGGUGACGCUCACCUCGGUCAUCGACCCCUCACGCAUCACGCCCUACCUGAGGCAGUGCAAGGUCCUGAACCCCGAUGAUGAGGAGCAGGUGCUCAGUGACCCCAACCUGGUCAUCCGCAAACGGAAAGUGGGUGUUCUCCUGGACAUCCUGCAGCGGACAGGCCACAAGGGCUACGUGGCCUUCCUCGAGAGCCUAGAGCUCUACUACCCGCAACUGUACAAGAAGGUCACGGGCAAGGAGCCAGCCCGCGUCUUCUCCAUGAUCAUCGAUGCGUCCGGGGAGUCAGGCCUGACGCAGCUGCUGAUGACCGAGGUCAUGAAGCUGCAGAAGAAGGUGCAGGACCUGACCGCGCUGCUGAGCUCCAAGGAUGACUUCAUCAAGGAGCUGAGGGUGAAGGACAGUCUGCUACGCAAGCAGCAGGAGCGCGUGCAGAGGCUCAAGGAGGAGUGCGAGGCCGGCAGCCGGGAGCUCAAGCGCUGCAAGGAGGAGAACUACGACCUGGCCAUGCGCCUGGCGCGCCAGAGCGAGGAGAAGGGCGCCGCGCUCAUGCGCAACCGCGACCUGCAGCUGGAGGUCGACCGGCUCAAGCACAGCCUCAUGAAGGCCGAGGACGACUGCAAGGUGGAGCGGAAACACACGCUUAAGCUCAGGCACGCCAUGGAACAGCGGCCCAGCCAGGAGCUGCUAUGGGAGCUGCAGCAGGAGAAGGCCCUGCUGCAAGCCCGGGUGCAGGAGCUGGAGGCAUCGGUUCAGGAGGGGAAACUGGACAGGAGCAGCCCCUAUAUCCAGGUGCUGGAAGAGGACUGGAGGCAGGCGCUGCGGGGCCACCAGGAGCAGGCCAGCACCAUCUUCUCCCUGCGCAAGGACCUCCGCCAGGGCGAGGCCCGUCACGCCCGGUGCAUGGAGGAGAAGGAGAUGUUGGAGCUGCAGUGCCGGGCCCUGCGCAAGGACUCCAAGGUGUACAAGGACCGCAUCGAGGCCAUCCUGCUGCAGAUGGAGGAGGUUGCCGUCGAGCGGGACCAGGCCAUCGCCACACGGGAGGAGCUGCACACCCUGCACGCCCGCGGCCUGCAGGAGAAGGACGCGCUUCGAAAGCACAUGCGGGAGCUGGGCGAGAAGGCUGACGAGCUGCAGCUGCAGCUGUUCCAGCGUGAGGCGCAGCUCCUGGCCGUGGAGGGCAGGCUCAGGCGGCAGCAGCUGGAGAUGCUCGUCCUGAGCUCCGACCUGGAUGAUGGCUCACCCAGGAGCUCCCAGGAGCUCUCGCUCCCUCAGGAACUGGAGGAGGACACCCAACUCUCAGACAAAGGUGGCCUGGCUGUCGGUGGGAGCCAGGAGCGGCCCUUUGCAGCUGUGCACCAGGAGCAGCUUUCACUGACCCCCCAUAACGCAGGCCUGAGCAGUGGGGAGCCCCCAGAGAAGGAGCGGCGCCGCCUCAAGGAGAGUUUUGAGAACUACCGCAGGAAGCGUGCCCUCAGGAAGAUGCAGAACGGCUGGCGGCAGGGGGAGGCGGACAGGGAGAACACCACGGGCAGCGACAACACCGACACCGAGGGCUCCUAGCCGCAGCAGCGCGGGCCUGGCCCAGAGCACGCCCACCGGCCCCGCCACCCAGGGGUGCUAACGCCCUGGGCUUGGAACCAGGAGUCUGGUGCCCUGAAAGCCCCAGCCGGGCCGCCGAGCGUUGGGGUGUUCUGUUAAGCAGCCUUCAGCUUGCGGAGCCCACGCAGGUGCUCGCCACCCCGUGCACACGCAUUUGUGUAACUUGAGGGUCUGCUGUAUUUCACCACGUAACGCACGAUACAUGCAUGCAUUGUAUAAGUGUUAGAAAACCCGGCUACGUAAAUAAAUAACUCGGGUGACCCG